AUGUCCGUAGCAGCCGACUUUACGGUGGUUCAUCUAAAGUACAACGAAUCCGACACCACCGGCCAUCAACUAUUUGUGAAAGAAAAUGCCUCCAAAGCAACAUGCAAACAGAAACCCACCGGUCGUACACUCUACGUUCUUAAUGUCCCGCCGUACGCAACCGAAGAAGCUCUACGGAAUGCAUUCUCACCGGCCGGAGCUAUAGAACGUGUAGUGUUGCAGGAAAAACCAUCCAAUCAAGAGUCCGCACCGAUUGAAAUUAUGGCCAAAAAUCGAUUUUGCUUCAAAGUAGCGUACGUGGUGUUCGCCAAGCCAGAGUCGUUGAAAAAACUUCUUCGAAUGAAAAAAAUAAAUCCACUACACAGCGAGGAGAAACCACUGCUCACUGGUAUGGCCAAGUGGACUAAAGCGUUUAACGAGCGCAUUCCAGAUCCGGCCACCCUGCAGCAAGAAAUCGACCAAUACAUGGAAUCGUACGAUAAGAAAGUGGAAGAACAAAAAGCGAUGGAAAGCAACAACGUGGCCGAUGAGGAUGGUUGGGUGACAGUGUCGAAAAAUAAUGCGGGUGUCUUUUCGCAAAAGCAAAGAGUCGUUAAGAAGCUGGAGAAAAAGCUCGACGACGAUCGGACGAACAAAGAGUUGAAGAAUUUCUACACCUUCCAGAUACGCGAGUCGAAGAAGAACGAUAUCAUCAGCUUACGGAAAAAGUACGAUCGGGAUUUGAAGAAAAUGGAUCAGAUCAAGAAAGCGAAACGAUUCAAACCGUAUUGA